CACCUCGCUGCACUGUGCCACCGACCCGCUGGGCCACCUCGAGUCGGGUCCUGCGGCUCUCGGAGCCCUGUUGCCACUUCCACAGAAUAGGUGCAGUAAGCCUUAGUGUUCUUCCGCAUUCGGAAGGGACGUCUGAGACCCCGAGAGGGGAAAGAACUAGCUCAAAGGCAAGCCAUGGCCCCUAGUCGAACCGUCAAAGGCCAUCUCGUGAGGUUAUGAGGAGCAUCUGAAAGAACAAAGUGUCUCAGAUUUCACGUAUUGCCCUUAAUCCUGUUUUACAGAUGAGAACAGUGAGGCUGAGAGAGUAAGUAGGUUUCUCAAGGUCAUAGAGCUCUGUGUGGAUGCCGUUAAAAUGGGUAACUUAGAAUCCUGAUCUUUUGCCUUCUAGAGCCCUUGGUUUUAACCUUUAUAUUAUCCUGCCUUUUUUUGCACUGGUGUAUUGAGGCCUAGGGUCUGAAAAUCAUCUUAGACCCAGGUUAAAAUGGGGUAGUCAAACAAGCAAAAACCCAGGGCAAUCUAUUCCUGCCCCCACCCCAAGGUGGUUGUAAUGACUCUGUUUCCUAAAUUGUUUUUGCUCUGGGUGCUAAAACCUUAUAUGGCAUUCUCUACAGAUGCUUUCCUGCAGUUACUGCUUUUCUUUGCAAGACUCUCAAGGGCUGAAAAGUCAAUUGAUGAAGGGCAAAAAAAGGACAGUACCUACAUAGCCUUGAUUUGAAUUCUAGCUACCCUUACCCUGUGAAGGCACUGGUCUGUUAACUUACCCAACCAAGUUGUGGGUUAUAUUCUCUUCCUGGGUUGCACUGUGACAGAAUGCAGGGUUUAUUUGUUUUAAUGGGAAGGGAAAUCAUUAAAGUGACACAGAAUGAGAAAGAACCUUGGGAAUAAUGUGUUUUUGACUGGGGGUGUCUUUAAAGUUAUAGGUGACACAUUGUUUGUCUGCAUUUUCUAGGGGAGGGUUUUUAGCUUUCAUAGCAUUCUCAAAGGUAUUCUUGCCUUCCCCAAAUUUAGCAGCUUACCUGUUUCAGCUUUUUCAUCGCACAUAAGGAACAACUGAAAUUCGGGGUGGAGUAUCGACUUGUCUGAGAUCACAUGGUUAGAGUUGAGCCUUGAAGCCAGGUCUUCGUGCGCUGCUCAACAUGCAGUGCUCUUUUUCUCGUUAUACCUUAACCAGGUAACCUCGUCAUUUGCUGAGUGAGGUUUAAAUGAGAUGUGAGUGGGCUUUGUAAUACACAGAUGUCUCCUGUGUUUUCUGCUCUGACUCCCUCCUCCCAGAAACCUAAGUUCUCUUCUGACAGAUUUUCAGGAGCAACAACAGUGUAUCAUUUCUGUCUCAUAAAAUUGAAGUGGUUUCUGGAAACCUUUCUCCCUCUAAGGAUGGAGUCUUUUGGGUAAAACUCCUACUAAGAACGUAGCCACAGAUAUACUAGCUCUUGUGGCCACAAAUAUACUAGCUCUUCUUGAACUCGUCAUUCAGGUUUUUUUGUGCCUUUCUUUUUCUAGCAAAAUCUGUUCAUAGAUUUUCUGUUUCUUAGGCCGGACAGUAAUGUUGGUCUGUCAGAUUGCCGUUUAAACCUAAGCUGUCCAAUACUCUAGCCAUAUAUGUGGCUAAUUUCAAUUCAUUACAGUUAAACAAAACCAAAUUAAUUUGGUUCCUCAAUCAUACUAGUCAUAUUUCAGGUGCUUAGUAGCCGUAUUGGAGAGCACAGAUACAGAACAUUCCCAUCAUUUGCAGAAAGUGUACUGAACAGUGCUGGUUUAGAGGAUUGCCAGUGGAGAUGGGGAGCGGUGUAGUAUAAUGAAAGAAGGCUCGGAGAGUUGGCUUUUUCAAUUAAAAAAAAAAAUCUGUUAAGUCCCUAUUUGGGUGUGGUGGCCUUAGGCAUGUCAUGAAACCACAGAUUAUUAAUCUUUACUAAUGAACCCUUUAUUUUGUGUAGCACUUGACUAUUCUCAAAUAGACUUACUUCUAUGGUAUCCUUUGAGCCUUAUCACUGUAAAUCUAUAGCAAAGGUGGAUGAGACAUCUUUCUUUUUAUAUGUGAAAGACUCGAACCUGAACUAGCUGAAGGACCUACCUGCUCAAAGUCACACAAGCUGGCAGAGUGUAAAGAAAUCUAUUACAUACAGCCACUUACUGCGUGUCUGAAUGAAUCAUUGAAGCAGUUUGCUUAAGGUAAUGAAACAUGAGAGAGGGUCCAGAACUUCUGACUCCUGGCUAAGUAUUCUUUUUACCUGUUACCAUAUGGAAUUCUUAUAAUGUGGGGGCUAUUCUUUGAGUUGAAGAAUUAUUACGUCCCAUGAAUGAUUAUAAGCAAAUGGGCUGUCUAAGCUAGUGAUCCUAAAUUUGCCUAGUCAAAGGAAUCACCUGGGACACUUGUUAAGCAUGCAGAUUUCCAUACCCUCUUGGAGAUUUCGGAUUCUGAAAAGCUGAGGUGGAACCCUGGAAUCUGUAUGUUUGUUAAGUACUCCGCCCGCCCCCCCUCCUCCUCCCAGUGCUUCCUAGGAUCUGCUGAGUUUGGGAAAUGACUGAACCUUAAGGCCUGGCAGAGAUAGGGGAUCACUGGAUCAAGUGCCUGCUGUCCUUUUUAGGAUAGAUUCUUGAAACUUGUUUGUGUUUGCCUUUGCUCUAGCCAUGGAUGCAUCAUAUGAUGGUACUGAGGUAACUGUCGUGAUGGAGGAAAUUGAGGAAGCCUACUGUUAUACCUCUCCUGGGCCACCCAAGAAGAAGAAAAAGUAUAAAAUACAUGGAGAAAAGGCCAAGAAACCCAGGUCGGCUUACCUUCUCUACUAUUACGACAUCUACUUGAAAGUGCAGCAGGAGCUCCCCCACCUCCCUCAAUCCGAGAUCAAUAAGAAGAUUAGUGAAAGUUGGAGGCUCCUGAGUGUGGCUGAGAGGAGUUAUUAUCUGGAGAAAGCCAAACUAGAGAAAGAAGGUUUGGAUCCUAACUCUAAGCUCUCUGCACUGACUGCUGUGGUUCCGGACAUCCCAGGUUUCCGCAAGAUCCUCCCCCGCUCAGAUUACAUCAUCAUCCCCAAGAGCAGCCUACAGGAGGAUCGGAACUGCCCUCAGCUAGAGCUUUGUGUGGCCCAGAACCAGAUAUCCCCUAAAGGGCCAUCUCUUGUGUCCAGUGCUGCCCCGGAGGCAGUGCCCAGCCAUGCAGGCAUGGCAGAGCAGUGCCUGGCUGUGGAGGCCCUAGCUGAGGAGGUGGGAGCCCUUGCCCAGCCAGGUGCUGUACAAGAGAUCGCUACCUCAGAGAUCCUCAGCCAGGAUGUGCUCCUGGAGGAGGCUUCCCUGGAGGUAGGAGAGAGCCACCAACCGUACCAGACAAGCCUGGUGAUUGAAGAGACCUUAGUGAAUGGCUCACCAGACCUCCCCACCGGAAGCCUGGCUGUGCCCCACCCCCAGGUUGGGGAGAGCAUGUCAGUGGUAACUGUCAUGAGGGAUCCCAGUGAGAGUAGCUCCUCUGCGCCAGCCACGCAAUUCAUCAUGUUGCCUCUUCCUGCCUACUCAGUUGUGGAGAACCCCACCUCCAUCAAACUGACCACUACAUACACCCGCCGGGGCCAUGGGACAUGCACCAGCCCAGGUUGCUCCUUUACCUAUGUCACCAGGCACAAACCACCCAAGUGCCCUAUCUGUGGUAACUUCCUAGGAGGGAAGUGGAUCCCAAAGGAAAAGCCAGCCAAAGUCAAAGUGGAAUUGGCUCCUGGUGUCUCCUCCAAAGGUUCGGUGGUUAAAAGAAAUCAGCAGCCUGUCACCACUGAGCAAAACUCCUCUAAGGAAAAUGCCUCCAAACUGACUCUGGAGAACUCAGAAGCUGAAGCUCCUGGGAAUCGUGGUACGGCAGCCACGAAGACGCCGGUGGUCAAGAAUGGUGUGCCGCCUGAGGUCUCUCUGGGGACAACUGAGAAUGACAGUCCAGGACCAGACAUACCACCACCAGCUGAGAGGACCAGCACCUCCAGUCCUCUCCCUGCUCCCAAAAAGCCUGCAGGAGUUGACCCGCUCACCCCUGGGCUCAGAGCCCCUGAGCUUAAGGGCAAAGCUCGGGGCAAGCCCUCAUUACUGGCUGCGGCAAGACCCAUGAGAGCAAUUCUCCCAGCCCCAUCUAAUGUGGGCCGAGGCAACAGCAUGGGACUGUCCAGGGCCAGGCAGGCCUUUCCCCUGAGUGAUAAAACGCCCUCUGUGAGGACUUGUGGCCUGAAGCCAAGCACGCUGAAGCAGCUGGGCCAGCCAAUCCAACAGUCAUCACACAGCAACGAAGUGAAGCUAACAAAUGGCCCGGGCAGUCGGACGUCACAAGUAAAAGUUGUAGAAGUCAAGCCUGAUCUGUUUCCUCCAUACAAGUACAGCUGCACUGUAACGCUGGAUUUGGGCCUCGCUACUUCAAGAGGCCGGGGAAAGUGCAAGAAUCCCUCUUGUAACUACGUCUACACCAACCGACAUAAACCGCGGAUUUGUCCCAGCUGUGGUUUUAACCUUGCUAAAGACCGGACUGAGAAAACCACCAAGGCUCUUGAGGUCAGCUCACCGCUCCCAGAUGUGCUGAGUGCCACAGAGCCCCUGAGCCUGGCCCAGAGGGAGGUCCAGCGCCAGUCCACUCUGCAGCUGCUGCGCAAAGUCCUGCAGAUUCCUGAGAACGAGUCUGAGCUGGCUGAGGUCUUCGCCUUGAUUCACGAACUCAACAGCUCUCGACUCAUUCUGUCCAACGUGAGUGAAGAGACGGUCACCAUCGAGCAGACCUCUUGGUCGAAUUAUUAUGAGUCUCCAUCCACGCAGUGCCUACUCUGUAGCAGCCCAUUAUUCAAAGGGGGACAAAACUCCCUGGCCGGGCCCCAGGAGUGCUGGCUGCUGACAGCCAGCCGGCUACAGGUGGUGACUGCCCAGGUGAAGAUGUGUCUGAACCCUCAUUGUCUGGCCCUGCACAGCUUCACGGACAUCUAUGCAGGUCUCUUUAAUGUGGGGAACAAGCUACUAGUGAGCCUGGACUUGCUCUUUGCAAUCCGAAACCAGAUCAAGUUGGGGGAGGACCCCAGAGUGUCCAUCAGCACUGUUCUGAAGUCAGUGCAGGAGCAGACAGAAAAGACCCUGACCUUGGAGGAGCUGAGCCAGCUGCAGGAGCUGCUGUGCAAUGGCUAUUGGGCUUUCGAGUGCCUCACUGUCCGAGACUACAAUGACAUGAUCUGUGGCAUCUGUGGUGUGGCUCCCAAAGUGGAAAUGGCCCAGAGGAAUGAAGAAAAUGUGUUGGCACUGAAGAGUGUGGAAUUCACCUGGCCCGAGUUCUUGGGCCCUAGUGAGGUAAACGUGGAGGACUUUUGGGCCACAAUGGAGACAGAGGUGAUUGAGCAGGUGGCCUUCCCUGCCAGCAUCCCUAUCACCAAGUUUGAUGCGUCUGUUAUUGCCCCCUUCUUUCCACCGCUCAUGAGAGGAGCUGUGGUCGUCAACACUGAGAAAGACAAAAACCUGGAUGUGCAGCCAGUACCUGGCCAUGGCAGUGCCUUGGUGAGGCUACUCCACGAGGGCACCUGCAAGCUUGAGGAGAUUGGCUCCUACAGUGAGGAGGAGCUACGGCACUUGCUGAGGCAGUGUGGCAUUCCCUUUGGGACAGAAGACUCCAAGGAACAGCUCUGCUUCUCCUUGUUGGCCCUCUAUGAAUCUGUACAGAAUGGAACCAGAGUUAGACAGCCCCCACCUCAUCUCACGGGGGGUAAAAUCUACAAGGUGUGCCCCCAUCAGGUGAUCUGUGGCUCCAAGUAUCUCGUGCGGGGCGAAAGUGCCCGCGACCAUGUGGAUCUGCUGGUCUCUUCCCGCCAUUGGCCACCUGUCUACGUGGUAGACAUGGCCACACCAGUGGCCCUGUGUGCUGACCUCUGCUACCCAGAGCUGACCAACCAGAUGUGGGGGAGGAACCAGGGCUGCUUCUCUAGUCCUGCGGAGCCACCUGUGAGCGUAUCCUGCCCAGAGCUCUUGGACCAGCAUUAUACUGUGGACGUGAUGGAGGCUGAGCACUCCGUCCAGCACCCGGCCACCAAGACUGCCGCACGGCAUAUUGUCCAUAUAGACACACAGUCCAGUCUUGGUGACCCCAGUACCGGGCACCACUCUUCAGCCCUAUGCCCUGAGUUAGCACCCUACGCAGCCAUCCUGGCCUCCAUUGCAGACAGCAAACCAAACAGUGUCCGCCAGCGGCCCAUUGCCUUUGACAAUGCCACCCACUAUUACCUCUACAACCGCCUCAUGGACUUCCUCACCAGCCGCGAAAUCGUCAACCGGCAGAUCCAUGACAUCGUGCAGAGCUGCCAGCCUGGCGAGGUGGUCAUCCGCGACACCCUCUACCGCCUUGGGGUUGCUCAGAUCAAGACAGAGGCUGAGGAAGAGGGUGAGGAAGAGGAGGUGGCUGCAGUGACAGUAUAAGCCAGGCUCUUGCACCGGGACUGGGACUGCACCAUCUCAAGCCAUAGUGAGGUCUUUGCCCGAGGCAGAUCCAUCCAGGGAACCAGCGGGAAUGUUCACCUUUGGGGAGGCCUCUGAUGCUGGGACUGACCAAAGAGCUUCCCUUUCUGAGCAUGGUGGGGCACGGGAGCCAUGGUUCUCAAUCUCCUGGGGGUCAGGAGAAGCACCAGGACACUCCUUACUAGCCCCAGAGAGCACUUAGGGGAUAUAGGAUGUUCAACAGAGGGGAACGGAGGCUGAGAGAAUGCUGGUAGCGGAUGGCUUCCCUGGGGCCUGCUGCGGGUCCGGGUCGAGGUCCUGGGGUGGGCUGAAGCGGAGUCCGGCCUUCCGGGGGGGAAGGCCACUGAGGUAGCUCUUCCCACCCCAGGGAACACUCUUUCCAGCCCCUGUGGCCACACAACUUCCUUUUAGCCUGUUGCCUUUGACUUGGGGGCCUUUGGGGCCUCAUUAGCUCUAGGGGUCCCUUUGGGCUCUUGAUUUUCCCAGAGGGGGGAUGCAUUUCCUUCCUACUCUUCCUGCACCCAGAUUUGGGGGAAGCUGAGGAAGGAGAAACAGCCACCGCUCUCUUCCAGGACUGUCUUCUCUGCCCUGAGCUUUAAGGAAGAGGACCCCCUUCCUCCUUUCCCUGGCCACUGCUGCUGCACCCCACAUCUUUUCUGGGCCCUGGAUCCUCACCACAGAAGGGAUGUGGCCCACUGGCAUGACAUAACCUGGCGGCAGUAGGAAAAACUCCCUUCUGUGAAGGGGAAGCAGACUGGGCCAUAAGGAAACAGCGGGACUGGCUCAAGUGCCUAAGGUUUGCUUAGGGCACGGGAAUUGGCCGUGUGUUAUUUAAUUUAUUGAGAGGAGUGGAGUAGGUGGCUUUUUUCCCCUCCUUCCCCUGCCAAGAAUAAAAUUUAUUAAAUUAUC